CAGACAGCGCCGCUGCUGCCACAGCUGCCUCAGCUGCUGUUGCUCGCGCGUCUCCCUCUCGGACUCCCCUGCCCAAGACUGCCCCUAGGCCUGGGCCGGGCGACGAGGACCCUGAGAGCAUCCGCUCGGACGGCCCCCGAGAGACUGUUCGGUUCGCCGGCUUCGACCUCGGCCAGGCUCCGCUCCUCCGGCGCGUGAGGGGCCUCGGUGGUUGCGGCGCCGGCGCCCGGCAUGUAUCAGAGCCCGCGGCGGCUCUGCUCCGCCCUGCUGCAGAGAGACGCGUCCGGCCUGCGCCGCUUGCCCACCCCCGGGCUGCGCCGCCAGUCGCCUCCGCCGGCGGCCGCCCCCCGGCCUGCGUCCCCCCGGCUCCUGGCGGCGGCCUCAGCGGCCUCAGCGGCCUCGGGCGCCGCGCGGUCGUGUUCCCGAACAGGUUUCCUUGGGCCGAGGUUGGUCAGCUCCAGCAGCUUCCCAGCUCUUGGAGAAGGAAAAGACAACUUUGUACAAUGCCCUGUAGAAGCACUCAAGUGGGAAGAAAGGAAAUGUCUCAUCCUAGAAGAAAUCCUAGCCUACCAGCCCGAUAUACUGUGCCUCCAAGAGGUGGACCACUAUUUUGACACCUUCCAACCACUCCUCAGUAGAUUGGGCUAUCAAGGCACGUUUUUCCCAAAGCCCUGGUCACCUUGUCUCGAUGUAGAACACAACAAUGGACCAGAUGGCUGUGCCUUGUUUUUCCUCCAGAACCGAUUCAAGCUAGUCAACAGUGCCAAUAUUAGGCUGACAGCCAUGACAUUGAAAACCAAUCAGGUGGCCAUUGCACAAACUCUAGAAUGCAAGGAGUCCAGUCGACAGUUCUGUAUUGCAGUCACCCACUUAAAAGCACGUACUGGUUGGGAACGAUUUCGCUCAGCUCAAGGCUGUGACCUCCUCCAGAACCUGCAGAACAUCACUCAAGGAGCCAAAAUUCCCCUUAUUGUUUGUGGGGACUUCAAUGCAGAGCCAACAGAGGAGGUCUACAAACACUUCGCUUCCUCCAGCCUCAACCUGAACAGUGCGUACAAGCUGCUGAGCCCUGAUGGGCAGUCAGAACCCCCAUAUACGACCUGGAAGAUCCGGACGUCAGGGGAAUGUCGGCACACACUGGAUUAUAUCUGGUACUCUAAACGGGCUCUGAGUGUGAGGGCAGCUCUUGAUUUGCUCACUGAAGAACAGAUUGGACCCAACCGGCUACCAUCUUUUAAUUAUCCUUCAGACCACCUAUCUCUAGUGUGUGACUUCAGCUUUAAUGAGGAACCUGAUGGACUUUUCUAAAUGCUUGUCUUUUUAAUCACAAGAGUCUUAACCAGGGAUGUUUCAGGAAACUAAAAUAGGAUAAGAAGUUGCCCGAGGAAGGAUUCCCAGUUUCUUUUGUCAUUUUCCAUGUUUCCAGCAUGCCCUUGGGAAGGAAUCCCAUUAGUCCACAAACCUUUUCCAUUAAAACCUGCAGCAAAGAAGGUGUUUGCACUCCAGUUUUGGCUUGUAUUAUUUUCUUUCCCUUAGCAUUACAUUUGGAUCAUUUAAGGGCAUUAAAAAUGAGGCUUAUUUUGUAGCUUUUUCAGUUUAAGGAUGCUUUAUAAAAAUAGACUUGCUUGAGUCCUCCAUAAUUAGUAAGUAUACAGGAGCAAUUUCUCUAGAUAGCAUUUCAAGUUAUUUAUUUGUAGUUUUUAAAAUGUCAGCAAGAUAUGCAUGGCAAUAUUUAUUUUUUUAUAUUUUCAUAUAAGAUUAAAUAGAGCAUUGUGAAUGUUUUAAAACCAUGCAAAACAUAAGUUAUAGAGUAAUUUAUAGUGAUUUUCUUAAAUCUCUAAGAUCUUUUUAUUUGGGGUCUAACAAUAGUAGUGUAUAAAGGGACUAUGUAGCCUGACAGGGUUUUUAGUUUAUUUAAGUGGAAAUAUCAGGUCUCCUUGAUACUUUCUUCGUAAGCAAUCCUUGCUAUGCCUCCAUGUUCCCAUUAUUGUGUUUCUUAGAUUCCGUAGUCUUCAUUAUUGAAUCACUGUUAGGCAUUUAUAGCUUUCCAUUGGAAUGCUAUGAUACACAUUUGAGGUCACUCAGUGUCUGUUUGUAUUGGACUGUGCUUUUCACACUAGGUUAUUUAGGAACUCUUAUGUGGCAGUAGCUAAGAAAGUAAGUGGGGCCUUCUUUUCAGAGAUAGGAAACUAGAAAGCCUAUUAAUGAGGCUAUUCUUAAAAUCUCCUAAGAGAGCCAAGUGGCUAGUUCAAAAUGUCUAGAAAGAAGAAUGUUAAAAAGUUAGAAAGAUAACUUGGAAUUCUCUUCCAUAAGAAAUAAAAGCGGUACAAGAUAACAGGUGAAGCCCCUUUCAAGCAAAAUCCCAACAAAUAACCUAUUGGUAAUAAAUUGAUAAAUACUUUAACCCAUGAGUUGUAAAUACUUAAGAAUAAUAAAUGGUCUUUUAAAGCUAGUGA